UUUAAAUAAAGUAAAAAAUUUGCUCAGUCCAGCGUACAGCGUAGAGCUCAGUCAUUUGAAAACUUUGGAGAGCGUAACAAAUCGUAGAAAUGUCGAAGAACAACAAAGGGCAGACCGCGUUUUAUUUCUUCAUGCUCGAUUGGAAAAAACAACAGGAGAAAUUUGGAAAAAGUUUUCCGGAAGGUCUACGCGAUGUUCAAAAGGAUCCACAAUUGAGCAUAGAUUGGAAGAAUAUGUUACCAGAACAAAAAGAUUAUUAUGAGUCUAAAGCGAAGAACAUCAAAGUUGAAGAACAACUAACUAAAAAAAUAAACAGAAAAACAACUUUGGGAGAAAUUGUAGACGAAAUUCUUGCAGCUGAGAAAAAAGAGCAAGAGUUCCAGGAAAAUAUGUUGCAAUACAUAAAUUCCAUAAUUGCGAUAGGUAUCCAUCACCAUUCCUUGGAUCAGAUGAAGUUCAUGCUGGUACAUGCAAACUGGUUUUACAGAAGAGAAGUAGGAAUCAAUCAAUAUGACUUCUGUCCUGCCGAGUUCGCUUUGGCAGAAUUUAGCUUUGAAAGGGGCGUUGAGAAUGUGUAUCAUGAAGUUGUCAGUGCCAAGAUACCAUUGGGGUGGAAGAGGGAUGCGUUGGAAACUAGUCGAGAAACUCAUAAAAUACCUAUUGAACAUCCAGAUGGACAGAGCGACUUUGCGUUCAUGUACACACAGUUUGUAAAAGUUUUAGAAUCCAACAUGACUGGAGAUAAGUAUCCUCCUUUAUUUACCACAGAAGAUUUGGUACCAGCUAUAGAAUCAUUGUUGAGGAGAAUGUGUCAGGCUGCUGGCAAGAGUAUGAACGAUUUCACGAUAUAUUCUCUGGAACAGCUGUUUACAGCACUGUUAAAUGCUGCCACAAAAGACACGACGAAGAAUUGCAGCAUUCCUUUCGUAGUUGCCAAACAUGAAUUUGGAAAAGACACAUUUUGUUCUGCAACUGGGCUUGAGUGUGAUUUCCACAGGAUUUUAGAUUCAUCUCAGCACUGUAGUAUGUCCAUAGUAAAAAGAUGGGGCUUCACGAUAUGCGAUCACUGUUGCUGUUAUUUGGACAUACCAAGGAUUGAAGGUGUCCACUACCCCCUGAGUAGACCAUACUUCAAUUCUCCUAAUUCAGGCUCCUUUGAUAUUCACAUUAGCAAUCUCAGUAUUAAUGAUUACAGUAAAGGAGAGAGGCAUCUCAAUGAGUGGUUUCAGUAACUUUGUUGCCCGUAGUCGACGAACGACGAAAAAUAAGCUAACCUAGCAGCCAAGUCGUAGGUUAGGACUCGUAUGGACUCCUAGCACAAACGAUGUAUAGAAGAAGAUAUUUCAUACGAUGUAUUUUUUCGGCCCAUUUUUUUGGGACGACGUCGCCCAAUUUUCAUUUUAGUGUCACUACCCACCG